UACUUUACGGGAACUUCAUUGCUCUACAUCUCCUCCGUGCGAUAUCAACCGAAUUCUCCGCGUUUCAAUUUUGAAAAAAUUCGAGAAAAACAAAACUAUGACAGUUCAAAGAAGUGUGUGAAAAAAGUUCCCAAAAGUCAAAGUUUUUCAAGCAUUUGUUAUCUUAUAGUGGACAAUUUGUGCCAUCUCAGAAUAGAUUCGGUUGAGUGAAAACAUUUUUAAAUCUUGCAUAAUUUUGUUCAUUAACUUACUUCGAAUCUUAUCAAGUAUCUACUAAUGUUUGAAUUUAUUUGACUACAUUGUACUACGUGAAGAAUUGAUUGAACGUCGAUGAUUCGAAGAUGAAAAGCGAACUUUGUCUUUUAUGUUUGUUUGUUCUCGUGUCUACGAGUUUUACAGUGAUGAUGGAACCCAAGGAACACAUCAUUUUGGAUGAUGGACAUUCUCACAACUUCAACGAAGCUUUAGGUGUAUGUCUCGCUAAGAAGGAACACGGUACAUUCGAAUGCGUAAAUCGUGGUAUUUUAAGCACUUUGCAGUCUUUAAACGAUAAAGAUAGCUUGGAAUUUGGAAAGAUGCGACUGGACAGAGCGGAGGGCUAUGGCAGAGAUCUUUUGGAUCUGGAUUACGAUCCGAAAGAUUUCGGAAAUGUUGUGAAGGCAGCUGCUAGAUUGAUGGAACGCCGAAAUGUCAAAUGGAAUCUGGAUAACAUAUAUCCGGGAUUGCAGAUGCACAUUGGACCAAUGUUAAAUGGAAACGGAAUAUUGGAGUUCGUCCUUAAUGAAAGAAUUGCCUCGUAUAGCGAUAGACAAACUGGUACAGGAAGGCAGUUGGCCAGACACGUAUUACUGCCAUUUCUGUUGGGUUUCAAAUUCAACCUGGCGUCCCUAAUCCCGCUUAUGUUUGGUUUCCUGUUGAUCGUGACUAAGAAGGCCCUUUUCUUGGUGAAGAUAGCACUGUUUGUGAUUGGUCUUUUAGGAUGGAAUACCUUUUUUUCCGGGGCACCUGCGGCACCUCCUUACUCGGCGAAUGCGUUCAAUGGCUUCCACGCUUAUGGACACGAGACACCAGCAGGUGUAUACACCCAUUACGACCAUCAUUUUCCUCAUCGACCUUACAGACCGCUACAGGACUAUAGUCCUUACGAUCAGCACGUCAUCAGAGAGGUCGUUAAUGUUUACGACGGAAAUAAUGACUCGGGUCAAAGUAGACAAAAUACGAAGAAUUUUGUUUUUGACUCAAAAUACGUUAAACAGCGCGUGGAUCAACUACGGCCGAGUAUACCAAGAAUCUUAAUAAAGUUGAUUACGCAUUCGAUUACGAUGGAAAGAAAGCACUUAUCGGUUUGGAUCUUACGUUUUCUUCAUCUCACGGUGUUCUGUAAUUUAGUGACUGCCAAAAGUGAAUAUACAAAGUUGCUUGAGCGGUGUACGAAAGAGAAGAACACCUUCGAUUGUCUGAAACGGCGUGCCUUGGAGAUUCUCGAUUCGGCCAUCCAAGAUGAUUCUGUAUACAAAAUCAAUGAUUAUAUAUCAAUUACUAAAGAUCCAGCAUCUACUGCCAGAAAUCAUGAUUCAGUGAUGUCAGAAAAUGGCACGGAGGCAACGGAGCUAAGCCUUGAUCAGAAAUUGGAUAAUAAGUUUUAUGAAUAUUUAACAUCGAGAAGCGUAAAACUGACAAUACCAGGCAACGCUUUUGAAGGAAGAAAAAAGAAGAACAAGGGUUACGGAUAUAUGAUAAUGGCAGGUGCUGUAAUGGCAGGAAUGAUGGCUCAAUUAGCUUAUGGAAAAAUAGCUUUCAUCGCUGGUACGGCUUUGCUUACGGCAAAAAUGGCUUUAGUAUUAAGCGCCAUAGUCGGCUUGAAAAAGCUUGUGUCGAGCGGAGGAGGUGGUCACGAAGUGAUUUAUGCGACAGCAUCGGAACAUCAUGGAGGUGGAAGUGGAGGAUACGGUGGAGGAUAUGGUGGUUGGCAACGAGCAAUGGAGGUUGUUCCUCCAACCUGA